CGUUCAAAGAUCACUCUUUGGCCUUUAGACUCGCUUCCGCGACUUCGCCCUUUAAGUGACAAGGGGGUGAGCCGCUCCAAGUCGAAAGCGAUAGCGAAUCCCGAACUUGCCCACGCUCAUCCAAACCUUCCGAGGGUUAGGUUCAAGAGCUGGUCGAUCUCCCCGCUCCCCUUGGUCGAGCUCAAACCUUUCCUGCGGCCCAAGAGUUUAGCCUCUGCCUUAUAUACGAUGAUAGUGGCUAGCUUCUUGGGCAUCUUCGGAGGAAAGGAUGAAAAGCCCAAAUGUCACGGCGACCGAGGGUGCCUGCCGUCAAGAAAGCGUCAGAAAGCAGGGCGCCUCCUACACUAG